AUGUUCAACCAAAGUUUGGAGGGAGUUUCGUGGCCCAGAGAGCUCCAGAACUUCACCUUCGGCCACUAUUUUAAUCAAAGCUUGGCACGGGUCUCCUGGCCUAAUGGCCUCCAAACUUUGAACUUCGGAAUGGACUUCAACCAGCGUUUGGAAGAAGUGCGUUGGCCCAGCAGCCUGCGAUCUCUCAAACUGGGUGAUUGCUUCAACCAGAGCUUGCUGGGAGUGGCUUGGCCCAGCAGUUUACGCCAAAUCACGUUUGGUUUGCAGUUCAAUCAAAGCUUGGAAGGGGUCACUUGGCCUGAGAGCUUCCAACAUUUGAUGCUGGGCGACUUUUUCAACCAACCUUUGAAGGGAAUCGCUUGGCCUAACCUUGAAGUCUUAGCCUUUGGCAGUUCUUUCAACCAACCUUUGGAGGGACUUCCGGCCAGCCUGGUGACCUUGAGCCUCAGCCGGAAUUUCGAUCAGCCCUUCGGUGGGCCCAGCAGAUGGCCCAGCAAUCUGCAGAGAGUUUCCUUCGGUGAUCGUUUCAACUGCAGCUUGGAGCACGUGACCUGGCCAUGCCACCUGCGCAGUGUGAGAUUUGGCCGAAACUUCAACCAGAGGCUGCAAACAACCUGGCCCAACUGCCUGGAGAGCUUGAGGUUAGGAGAGUUCUUUGACCAGAGCUUGGAGGGAGCGACGUUUCCCGGCAGCCUGCAGUCUUUGACACUGGGCAGUCGGUUUAACCAGAGUUUGGAUAACGUCACUUUUCCAAGCAGCUUACAGACACUGGAGCUUGGUGAUGGCUUCAAUCAAAGUCUGGAGCAAUUUGACUUUCCUUGCAACCUUCAACAAUUGACGUUUGGAGACAGAUUCAAUCAAGAGCUGGAGGGAGUCACUUUUCCACCUAGCCUUCAAAGUGUGACCUUUGGAGCCGAAUUCGAUCAACUGAUCCAGGGGGUGACUUGGCCCGUGGAUCUACAAAGCUUGACGUAUGGGGAGGGAUUCAUGCAGAGUUUAGAUGGCGUCACCUGGCCCAACAACUUGUUACAUCUCAAGCUUGGCGACCGCUUUAAUCAGCCUUUGGAGGGCGUCGCUUUGCCACGCAAGCUCCAAAGCUUGACCCUUGGAGCCCAGUUUCAGGGGAGUGUGGAGGGGGUGACUUGGCCGGACCACCUUCAAAACUUGACUUUCCGAGGCCCGAUAGGCCAUCAGAAUUUGGAGCGUGUGACUUGGCCUUGCAACCUCCUGAGCUUGACGUUGGAUGUUGGUCGCGACAAACCCUUGUUAGGAGCCAUCUUGCCGAACACUCUCCAGAGCCUGACGCUGACUUCACACGAUUUCGUACAGAUCCAACGUACGAAUCCGUAUUUGAUAGAUCGCUUCCGCACGAAUCUGGCAGCGGUAGCCCUGCCAAGGGGGCUGCGCCACUUUAAAUGCCUUGGGCUGGUCCUAAAAGCCCUCGAAGAUGAUACAAAUGAGGUUUGA